AUGAGAGGAUACAUCAUCUCCAACAACCAUCGCAGCAGUAGCCGAUUCUAUCUAAGAGCCGACAAGCAGGGGCUCUUCGAGCUUCGGAGCUCUGGGAGUUCCAGAGAAGCCGCAGUACUGAAUGCAUGCCACAACGUUUGCCAGGCGAUCAACGGAUGUGGGCGUGUGGGUUCUCGCUGUCAGGACGAACUACCACCACCGCAUUCCUGUGAAGAUCUUUACGUUGAGAGGACCAACAUCGAUGGAGAUGCCAAGAUUUGCUCUGUUCGGGCAGGGCAGUGUUCAUCGCAGGACAAACAGCCACUACAGUGUCUAGACAUCUCCCCAUUUGACCCCGAGACCCCACCAAAGUAUCCCAUCAAGGCCAAGAGUGUGCUGGAGCCCCGCGGUAGUGGAGCUCCACGACGUGGCGCAAGGAUAACCCGCGGAAUAUUCUAUUACACUCAGCAUGGACCAGCGAAUACCACUAUCACUUACGAGAUCACCGGUCUCGAUCCCCAUUCUAGUCACGGUAUUCAUAUUCAUCGCACUGCCGAAUUUCGAUACAACGGAUGUAACUCAGCGGGGGGAACCUACAACCCCUACCGUUAUCAACACGGGGCUCCCGAUGGCCACAUAAGGCACCUCGGGACUCUCGGUAAUGUUAUCGCUGAUGCCUCGGGUGUCGCUAAGGGCUCAUUCACUAGCAAGAUAAUCAAGCUAGAGGGAGCAUUCUCGGUCCUGCAUCGUUCAACAAUGGUGCACGCCUACCCCGAUGAUUUUCGAGACGAAGAAAGCUCGGGUCCUCGCCUGGCUUGCGGGGAGAUUUUAGCCGAGGAGAAAACUAUUACGGAGGGAGUUUUUGAGGCGAGCUUUUUGCUAUAA